ACUCAAGCUCCCAUGCCAUAGCUCAAAUUACAAUUUCUUUUCUAAAGUACAUAACAGGCAUUUUGCAUUUCAUUGACAUAGAGUUUUUUCACAAAUAAUACUACGGAGUAUUUGUUUGUAAAUAUAUACACACACAUAUAUUAUAUAUAUAUAUAUAUAUAUAUAUAAUCUGUAACUCUAAUUAUUAUAUCAUAAUUACAUAAUCUUUGACACUUGGUUUACAUAACUUAUCUACUACAGGAACAAAAAAGAAAGAUAUACUACCUCCGUAACGCUAGAAUCUUCCCAGUUUGACUCUUUUGGGUCAAACUUCAUGAACUUUGACCAUUAAUUAUUCAAAACUCACAUUAUGUUAGGAUUAAAAAUUUAUUUUAUAUAACUCAUUGUAAAACGUAUUAUUUGAAUGUUAAUUUAUUAUGAAUUUUAUAAAUAUAGAUAUGUAGAUAUUUGCAGUCAAAGUUCAACUUAGAAGACCGUGAAAAGUCAAAAUGGGAAGAUCUUUAUGUUACGGAGGGAGUAAGUAUUUAUAACGAAGUCAACCUUUAUCACACCAAAUUAGACAUUUAUACAUACUGCAACUCUGCAAGUGUCUCUCUAAGGCAUUACCAAUGUUUAUGCCCUCUCUAGCACGGCCAAGGGCAACAGAAACAACUCGGCUACUUCACGUCCACGGUCAACCUUCCAGCAUUUAAAACAAUUCGGUCAAAUGUUGGACCUUUCUCUCAUUGCAGAGCAGCUAAUAAACCCAAUCCUAUGUUCCUUGCAAGUUGCAACCGAUCUAUCUGUGAGUUUAAAACCAUACGCAUUUGCAUUCACCAUAAAGUUGAAACUCUCAAGUCACACACCAUCGGCUGCAUUAACAGGUGUCCUAGUUACUGAACAAAAUCCAACAAAGGUACAUACUGUAACAAAAUCCAGGAUCAGAACACUCGUUGGUGAGACACCUGGUCAAGAUCUCUCUCAAUCGGCCAGCGCGGCCGCCACCGUCUUGCUGGGUCAGAGGUCGACCGGGGGCUGAUGGCCCUCCAUUGAUGUUGCUGCAGCAGUGCAGCGGAUGCGAUACUCUUGCUGUCGAGUUGUCCGAUGUUCUGCCUCCCCACGCCAAAUUACAACCUGAAAUCCGAAUGCGAUACUCUUGCCGUCGAGUUCUCCGAUGGACUGCCAUGGCUAUCAGAUUGUGAUUCCACUGCUUGCAAGAGAUAUACGGAGUAUAUGUCACUGAUGAUUUUGUCAUCGAUUUGAUAAAGAGGUGUUACAUAGUUGGCUAUAUACUACUACGUACGUAUUGUUUGGACAAUGGAAAACAUAAAACCGAUAGACAAUUACCAUGACUCUGAGUCUCUGACACCUUUU